ACCCCGCCCACCGCACACGGCGAGCAACAAAAUCCUCGAGAUGAGGCUGAAAGUGCUCUUUGUUGCGGGCUGCGUCGUGUCAAAUUUCCUCACAGCUCUGAUCGUCCUCAACCUAAGGCCAGCCGUCGUUCCUAUAGCGGAGGUCCGGACGUGUCUGCAACUUCAAGCGGUGGAGGAAAUUCAACAACAACAACCGCCACCAACCACAAAAGCAACAACCACAGCACACAGGGAACACAACAGGCUCAACAGGACCCACCAUUUUCAUGAUAACACCGACCUAUGCAAGACUGACACAGAAAUCAGACCUGACGUCCGUCUGUCUGACCGUCAUGCACGUCCGAAAGCUUGUCUGGAUAGUAGUAGAAGACUCUGACACCAGAACCUAUCUGGUCGCAAAGCUGCUCGCUCGAUGCAAAGUGAGUAGCGUGCACCUGAACGUGGUGACUCCCGACUAUUACAAACACGACAAGUGGAAACCGAGAGGCGUGCUGCAGAGAAACGCGGGGCUGAGCUGGAUACGGGACCACCAUUCCAUCGACAACUGUAGCGGUGUCGUCUAUUUUGGAGACGACGAUAACAGCUAUGAUCUGAGAGUGUUUGAAGAGAUGAAGGAGACAAAGGGAGUGUCAGUAUGGCCAGUUGCCUUCUCAGGAGGUGUGAAGAUAGAAGGUCCUCUCUGUAAAGAUGGAGUCAUUGACAAGUGGCACAGUGGAUGGGGCUCUGAAAGACCGUUUCCAAUUGACAUGGCAGGGUUUGCAAUACACCUAUGUCUCCUCAUGAGGAAUCCCAAAGUUCUCAUCGGUCGAGACAGACAGAAUCGCCUCUCUAAACCAGGAUACCUGGAGAGUAAUCUUCUCGAGCAGCUCGUUGAUAAAGAUUUACUAGAAUGUCGAGGCCCACCUGAUGAGGCUAUUGUAUGGCACGUCAAGACAGCAGAGCCGGACAUACCGAGAGAACACAAUGACCCUUCAGACCCACUUGAUAUUGAGGUAUAGUCGUGUCAUGUCACCCCCCAUGUAUCAUCUGUGUAUUUUUUUGACUCUGAACGGGCGCAGCGCUUUUUU